AAAAGAAAAAGAAAAAGAAAAAGAAAAAGAAAAAGAAAAAAUCUGCUAUCCACAAGACGACCAUUAAAACCAGUUUUCUUAAAUUGCAGAGCUUUUGUGCAAAAUCAUCAUGCUUUUAAAAUUCAGCUGACCAAUUUUCGAUUAUUAUUAUUAUUACUAUCAUUAUUGCCUGCUCGCUGAUUUCCAUGGCUUCUCUUGUGGAAAUUGAGAGGUACAAUCUGAUACCACUCUCAGUGACUUGUCUAUGUGCUCGCCCCUGCCGUCCUUUAUCGAAGAAAACCCUAAUUCAUGCUCGACGAUGUUCGAAAUUAAACCUCAAGCUGGUCUUGAAUGGAUCCAAGGCUACGUUUCCGGUCAACGCAAACAGCAUUUCAGCGAUGCGCCACUUGGUUUCGGCCGUUGCCAGAUCUGAGCCAGAUAGGCUUGGCCAGGAAGACGUUAAAGAGGAAGUCGACAAUGGCUAUAAAUUACCGGAAAAAGAGGGAAUUGUCUCAGAGCCUCAACAGAAAGGGAGUCAGUUGAGGAAAAGAAUUGUUUUUGGGCUUGGGAUUGGAUUUUCUGCUGGAGGUGUUGUCUUGGCUGGAGGAUGGGUUUUCACUUUGGCCUUCGCAGCUAUUGUAUUUGUUGGUGCUCGUGAGUACUUUGAAUUGGUUAGAAGUCGUGGAAUUGCAGCAGGGAUGACACCUCCUCCUCGUUAUGCCUCACGAGUUUGCUCUGUUAUAUGUGCUGUCAUGCCUCUAAUUACCUUGUAUUUUGGUCAGAUUGACAUUCCAGUGACUUUUGCUGCUUUUGUUGUGGCAAUGUCAUUGCUUCUGCAAAGAGGGAAUCCUCGCUUUGCUCAGCUUAGUAGUACUAUGUUUGGGUUAUUUUAUUGCGGCUAUCUUCCUUGUUUCUGGGUCAAGCUUCGGUGUGGGUUGGCAGUCCCAGCCUUGAACACUAGUAAGAAUAUAUUUUUAAUCAUAAUUGGAAUAGGAGCAUUAUGGCCUGUUCUUUUUGGAGGCCAAGCUCAUUGGACUGUGGGCCUUGUGGCAACCCUGAUUUGUUUUAGCUGCAUCAUAGCUGCUGAUACGUUUGCUUUUAUAGGUGGCAAGGCAUUUGGGAGGACACCAUUAACUAGUAUUAGUCCAAAGAAGACAUGGGAAGGGACUAUUGCAGGCUUGGGUGGCUGUAUAGCAACUUCUGUGAUACUAUCAAAGAUUUUGUCCUGGCCAACAUCAUUGCUAAGUGCAAUAGCUUUUGGGUUUCUGAAUUUCUUUGGGUCAAUAUUUGGUGAUCUUACGGAAUCAAUGAUCAAACGAGAUGCAGGUGUCAAGGACUCUGGUUCUCUCAUACCUGGACACGGUGGAAUACUGGACCGAGUGGACAGCUACAUUUUCACGGGUGCACUUGCAUACUCAUUUGUCAAAACUUUCCUACCACUUUAUGGAGUUUGACGUGAAAACCAUUGACCAAUAGCAAGAAAAAAAUACGAAAGACUGAACUUUUUGAGUUUGCCUCAUUCUAGAAAGCUAAACCAGAAACGAGCAAAUACUUGAUUAAAGUUGGAGCAUCUAUGGGGCAGACAGAAAAGUUUUCUUCUAAAAAUCUCAUAGAAGGGCACUGAAGCUGCAUAAGCAACUCUACCAUGUUUGCCUGAUCAUCAAGUGCAAACACGUUAAUGCCUUGUUUUUAUCCUUUGUGGAAUUGCGUGAGGUCAAUUAUGCUUUGCUUGCUAAUCAGAUGUGGUGGUCCUCUGAGAUAACAUGGAUUAAUGAUGAUAACUACAGUUGAGGUAGAGCCUUUGUUGGCUGUGAACAUUUUAUUAUUUCAUGCGACAGCCCAUGUCAGCUUGCCAGUGUUAAUUUGCUAUACAUAUUGCUGUUCAAUCUUUGCUGCAAUAGUAAAUGCAAAGUCGAUUCAUUUUUUGCAA